AUGUCAUCCAACGAGCCAGUCGAAUAUGUCCUUUGGUCCUACACUCCAUCGGUUGCUGGUGGUGUAAUUGCGUCCCUUGUUUUCUGCGCCCUAUUCCUCUUCCACAGCUGGCGCUUGUUUCGAACAAAGCUAUGGUUCUGCACGCCCUUCGUCGUCGGUGCAUUGUUUGAAACCAUUGGCUAUGCUGCACGAGCAGCUGCCGCGAACGAUAGCGAAAGCAUUACGCCAUACGUCAUCCAGUCCCUCCUUAUCCUUCUUGCGCCAAUUCUGUUCGCUGCCUCGAUAUACAUGAUCUUGGGACGCCUGAUUCGCAUGGUUGAAGGAGAGCGAUAUUCCAUGGUGCGAGUAAAGUGGCUCACUAAGAUCUUCGUCAGUGGCGAUGUUCUCUGCUUCCUCAUGCAGAGCACCGGAGGCGGUCUGAUGGCCAAGGCUGAGAACCAGGAUAAUGUCGACAUGGCGGAGAACAUUAUUCUUGGUGGUCUCGUGCUUCAGAUCCUGAUUUUUGGGUUCUUCGUUGUAGUUGCGAGUGUGUUCCACAAGCGUCUGGCCCAUAACCCAACUCCCGCCAGCUAUGAUAUGAACUGGAAACGGUUCAUGCUUGCCCUCUACACCGUGAGUGCCUUGAUCACGGCUCGAAAUUUUGCACGCUGUGUAGAAUAUGGCAUGGGAAAGGAAGGAUAUCUUCUCCAGAACGAAUGGUGCCUCUAUAUUUACGACUUCCUUUUGAUGUUCAUCUGUCUUAUUGUCAGUAUCAUCUGGUAUAAGCUUUCAGCGCAGGACACUCGAGUGCGAGGAAACAAUAUGCAUUCACUUGGUCAGCAGAAUUAUGGCCCAAACAAAUAG